AUGAGCUACCUGGAUGAAGUUCCCUUCCGGACGACGAGGACGCUCAAUGGGGACUCAGGGGGAGAAAACACUUUUAUCACCGCCCCGGCCAUCGAGCUCCCCGACUGCGCCGACAUCCUCAUGAGCACCAUGCACGACUUCUCACUGGAACGAAAAGUGCUUUACUGGGUCGAGGUGGCUUCUCAGCAGCAACCCUCCCGGCAUCGAGUCACCUCUGAAGUCGUCCCCACUGCCCCGCCGUGCUGGUUGCUGCUGGUGGAGCCCUCCGACAGCUACGGGGGGAGAGCGAGGGACGGGGCGGUGCGACGCAGCAUCAGCCUGAGCGCUGCCGACAGCGGCUACGGGCACGCCAAGGGCAGAGCCGCCUCGUCCGACAGCGAGAGUGAGACCUGGCACUCGGGGGAGGACGAGUACUCCGAGGACGACGAGUACUCCUCGACCUCCUGGGAAGACAACGACAAGGAUGAAAAGGUCUCCAGGAGGAGAAACAGUGGGAAAGUUGUGCCUCCGCGUCCCAGCUUUUACCUGGCCCGACCAAAGACGUCACCCAGCUUGCUGGAGCCCUCGCCAGAGAACAGCAGCCGUGACUCAGCCAGCUCAGACCCAAGCAAGCAGAGAAGAUCCAUGGUGAUAUUUAACAACAUGAAGAAUGAGCUGGAAGCAGCCAGGAGGAAGCUGGCAGCUUUGGUGCAUCCCUUGAACAGAGCUGUCACAGAGAGCAAGGGGAUCCCGGAGCCACGGCUGCUCCCCUUGCGUCCCCAAACCAGCCGCAGCGUCAAGUACAGGCCGGCCCCGGACACGUCCCACCUGGGCACCUUGGUACCAGCUCCUCCGGCCACGGCCGCGCCGGUGCCCCCGAUCAAACGGCACAAACCCACGGUGCCGUCUCUCAGCCCCUACGCCAGCCUCCCCCCUGCCUCUGUGCCUGCGCGACCUCUCAGUUCCCACAGAUCCCAGCCGGAUUCGGCCGCUGACCUGCUCUCGGCGCUGAGCCAGGAGGAGCGAGACCUCAUCGAGCCCGUUACAGCCUUGGGCUACCCCACCCGCAAAGCCAUCCUCACGCUCCAGAAGACUGGGAAGCAAAGCUUAAGUCAGUUCCUAAGCUACCUGCAUGCCUGUGACCGGCUGCUGAAGCAGGGCUACGAGGAAGGGCAGGUGGAGGAGGCCAUGGAAAUGUUCCAGUACUCGGAGAAAAAGGCGGCUGAAUUCUUGCAUUUGUUAGCUCAGUUUCACGAUAUGGGUUUCCAGCAAAAUGAAAUCAAAGAAGUUCUUUUGCUUUGUGGGAAUCAGAGGGAGAAGGCGCUGGAAGAGCUCGUGAUGAAAACCCAGUGA